AUGGAGACUGAGCCAUCUCAAAACGAUGUAGAGACUAGAUUACUUGAUCUGGCAAAAUCACAACCCAACGGUGUUUCCAACGAUGACGUGAAAGCCCAUUUAUCAGAUGUUCCCCUACCGGAACUCACAGCCAUAAUCAACAAAUGUUUGAAAAAUGGUCUAUUCGAUCUCUUCAAAUUGAAGAACACCCUCUUUUACAAGUACAAAGACCCCUCAAAAAAGACUACAACCAAGGGGGCCGAUACAGAAGAAAGAGUGGUAUACAAGAUCAUUGAAGAAGCAGGCAACAAAGGGAUAUGGAUUCGAGACAUUAGGUUUGCUUCAAACCUGAACAUGACACAGCUGAACAAAGUUCUGAAGAGUUUGGAAACUAAGAAAAUUAUUAAAGCUGUGAAAUCUGUCUCUGCUAGCAAAAAAAAAGUCUAUAUGCUGUUUGACUUAGAGCCAGACAGUACAGUGACAGGGGGAGCCUGGUACCAAGACCAAGAUUUUGAAUCUGAAUUCGUGGAUGUUCUGAGCCAGCAGUGCCACCGCUUCCUAGUGGAAAAAUGGGAAGAAGCUAAUCAGAAAAGUGGUGGGCCUCUGGCAGUCAGAAAUCGGAGCUAUGCCACAGCCAGUGACGUCCACAAAUUCAUUUCUGAGCUUGGUAUCAGCAAAGUUGCAUUGACCAUCAAAGACAUAGAAAGCAUUCUGUUCACUGUGGUGUUGGAUAAUAAUGCUGAGAGGAUAGUGAAGACAGAUGGGUCCUAUUUGUAUAAGGCAGUGAAAGGGUUUUUGCCUGCCCCUGGUUUGGUGAAGACUACUUGUGGAAUUUGCCCAGUUGUGAAUAGGUGUGCAGAUACAGGGCAUAUCAAUCCUAAGGACUGUUCUUAUUUUGCAGAGUGGUUGAACCAAUAA